UUACUGAUAUAAACGAUCGGAUUUUUGUGUUUCUUGUUCUGUCAUUAGAUAACAAAUAACAGGAAAUGGAUGUUCCACUUGUCGAGACCUGCGCCACCGACAACAAUUCCGAUGCGUGGCUGAUAUGGGUGCCUGCAGGAAUGGGCUCCAAAGGAGAAAAACUUUGCUUGGAUCCACCGCGAAUUAUGGCAUUUCAUUUCUUUGCUAACCAGCACAGAGAUGGUCUCCACAAGUGGAUUAAAUUAAUGUGCAAACUGGCCCAGGAGUAUGCUGGACGGAUCAUGUUCGGUGUGCGGGACAUAAAGAGCAUCGGCCAUUUGAGUGACAAUCUGAAUGCGAAUGACUUUGGCAGCUAUCGUCCAGGCAUGCCGCCUCUUAUCUUUGCUGAGGAUAAGAAGCAUCACGUCUAUCAAAUGAACAGUCUGGUAAGCCACAGGAAUUUGAAGAAAUUUUGCGAGAAGCUGCUGCAGCAGCAGCUAUUCCAGGCGGUUGUUCUGGCGCCCACAAUCGAAUUGGAUGCUCCGCCACAGAACUACUUUGAUGUGGAAGAUCAGAUGGAUGGAGAUUACCUUGUAAUCGUGUACGAUCCUGCCUGCUACAACUGGCCCAUUCAGUUGAAAAUGCUGCGGAAAUUGGCCCGGCUGCUGGCCAACGAAGCUGUCCAUGUGGUGAUCAUCAAUAGGGCGCACAACCAUUUGGGCGUGGUAUUCCACAAAGUGUUGCAGGAUGUAAACUGUCAUGGGGUUAAAAUAGUCAGCAGUCCACGUGUGAAUGGCUAUAACUUUAAGAUACACCCGAGGCUGCACAGUACACGUGGAUAUCUGCGCUACAUUGCCCAGGGUAGGCAGCCAGAGUUGAUCGACUACGAUGCCAAUGGCGAAUCUAGGGCGGCCGAGCAGGCAUUGCCGUACAUUCAAUGUCUAUUUGCAGUUGAAAGCAAUUAAAGUACUCGAACGGUUUACCAUUCCCAUAACGUGUAGGUUUAUUUUGCAUAGAUUUUGCGUAGUGUAUUCAAAAUUUAACUGAAUUGUUGGCAUCUCUGGGCUGGACAUGUAUCAUGACUUUGAUGGCCCCACCAAGGCCGUGGCGGGAGGUCUCAAAGGCCUUUGCCGUCUCCGUGAUGUCAAAGUGAUGCGUGACCAGACGCUUGACAUUCACUUUGCCGGAUGCCACCAGAGCCAGAGCGGCCGCAUAGCUGUAAGCGCAUAAUAAACACUCAAUUUAUAA